GAGUCCUGGUGUGGGGGAACAGGGUGUGCAGCUGUGCCCCAGCUGGGUGUAAAGCUCACAGUGUUGGGUGCUCUGAGGAGAGGGAAGGGGAGCAAGGGCUGUGCAAGGCAGGCACUCCCUGAGCUGGGGCCAGUGCAGAGCAGCCCCCUCACAGGCCAGUGUGAUGGAACUUUGUUCAAAAGAAAUCUGUGUUUGUCUUGUGCGAGUCUCUAAUGUUCUUGUUUUCAUGCAGGCUCUAUGUGAGUGAAGAUGGCCGCAAGUCCUGACAUCACCUUGCAGUGUCUGUAGCUGCCCUCCAUCCAGAGCUGACAUCUUCCCACCACCCUGGUGGAGUGAGUGCUCCUGGAACUCUGCCACAGGAGAGGCACAAGAUUUUUCCAGAAAACCAAAGUACCCAGAGCAAUUUGAUAGUAAUUAUCUUAAAUGCUCAGUAAAAGCCCUGAAUUUGCCAAGUCAGUGAUUGUCAUCUGGGCCCUGUAACAAAAAGAGCAUCUUCCUCAGGACAUACAGUCUUGGCACUGACCUUUAGUACUGCAUUUGUAACUAAAGCUGUGAUUAAUGGAACAUGUGAUUGCAAGUUGAGAAAAAGUUGAUACCUUGGUACCUUCGGUCCUCAGCAGUGUGGCAGCAGGCAAAACCACGUAGCCUGCUCACCACCCCUCCUCCAGCUGAAGCAGCAUUAGCCUUAUCUUGUAGGUAGGUUUCCGUGCUGUUUCGUCUUCCUGCUCACACUUCCUUUGCUGCAAUAGAGAAGUAGUUUCCAUCUCGAGAGGGAAAUGAUAGAGAAGAGCAGGGUGUGCUUCUAAGUGAUUUUGGGUGAAAUGUCUGCUUCCCUAACCUAGCUGAGAGAUGAUGGUGAAGCCCUCAUUAGUGUCACUGAGGGUGGGAGCUGACACUUCAGGAUCUGUCUGCUUUGUGGUGUUACUAUUGGGUUCAUUGCUGUGUGAGUCUGACUCCUUGUGCGGUUUAAAGGAAGUCAGAAUGCAGCAAUACUCCCAAUUCCUUAUGGCACUCAGUGUAACUAAGGAAGCUGCUUCCUCUUUCCAUUUGUAAGUUGGGAAGUGAUGUGAGUUAAGACCCUGUGACUUACACCACUGGUUUGUUUCCAGGUGCCAGUGUAAUACAGGCUGGGUUGGGGAUUUUAAGGAAGGACGUAAGAUUGUUAUUUAAGCUAUUAUCUUUCAAAAGUCUUUGGUGCUGAGAGUGAACUCAGUUGCUCUGGUAAAUAGGUGUGGCACUGUCAUGUUGCUCUGUUUGGUUUUGGGGCUGUUUAUGCAGUGUUUCAUGGCACCCUUUUCUUUGGUCUACCGGGUCUUGCUCUACAGGUGCCUGCAGUGUCCUGCAGCCAGAGGACAGGGAUGUCCCCCCAGAGCCAGCAGAGAGCAGGAGCCAGCUGCAGCCCUGGCGAGAGGCCUGUCCCCACCCCGCUCCCCAGCCAGCAUGGGUGACACGUAACUGUGCCACUGCCCAGGGCAGAGCUGGGCCCUGCAGCCGGCUGGGUGUGCAGGGGUACAGCCCUCAGCCCCACAAACCCUACAGCCCCACAAACCCCACAGCCAGCACGGAGACCCUGCCAGGCUGCAGGGAGAACCGCCGGCCACACCUCGUGUGGAGCUGCACGCUGGCAUCUGCCCCGGGAGGCUGGGCUGUAAUUACAGUGUGAAACUAGGUGGAAGUGUCUCGUCUUAAUUAAAAUGAGAUAGGGCUUGCGGAGCAGUACGUGGGGCCGUGUGAGUUAUCUGUGUGCAGAGGCAGCGGCCCGGGCAGCUGCUGGGGCCGGUGAGUCACGGCUCGCCCGCUCCGGAGGAAGCGAGCAGCUCCCGGGCUGCGGCCGCGCUCUGUCGGGAGAUGACGUGGCCCGAUGCUCUGCACUCUGAAAGUGAAAUAAUGUGGGUUUGGGUGUUUUACAUAGCCUCUUUUAUCUCUGCCUGGCCAAUGCAGCCGCGAGGAGCAGAGGAGGACUGAGCUGUAGUUGGCACAGCGCUCGGUGCAGAGGUGAUGUCCCGCUGGCAGCAGGGUGCUGGUGCUGCUGAGGGCAGAGCUGAGCUGGGCUGGCAGUGACCGUGCUGAUUGCAGGAUUGUAGGGGAUGAAACUUGCUCUCUGCAAACAAUGUACUGAGUAUGGAAUCAGCUUACUUGCCGCUGCUGCUCUCCCUCAAAGCAGUUUUCUUCAAUCCCUCCAAAGUCUCUGGAGCAAUAACUGCAAUAAUUGAUGGGAAAGAGUCUCUCAUGAUGUUGGAACCUGUGAAAUAUUCACUCACAGGGGAGGCUUUACUGCCUGUUUGGUUUGUGGCAUGUCUGUGCUGUUUGCUGUUCUGCUGGUUCAGUCUGGGUGUGCUGUGACAGCUCUCUCAGCAGUGCCUUACUUCCUCCUAAGCAUAUUUCCAGUGAUUAGGCUUGCGUGGAAUUUGAGACUCAGCGACACUGCCAGUUAUGGGGUGACCUCAAUUGUUCUUGCCUGGGAAGAAAAAUCAUAACUGUAGCACUUCCCUCCUGGGGGCAUAUGGGCAAGGGUGUGUUAGAGAUGUGGAGGUGCUUGGACUUGCUUGGAAUCAGAUGCACCAGGGUUGUAGAAUAAUUUUGAAAUUGGACUUCUUGCAUGUAAAUAAAUAAGUGGACUAGAACUCAAAUAACAAAGUCGAAAAAUUCUCAGACUUAUGAAAAGGAUUAGUAUUUCAUACAUUUGUGAGACUACAGUGCAACUUGUUCAGUCUUUAGGCUUAUGCUUCUACUAAAAGGUUUAAUUGAUUUAUAACUGCAACUCAGUAAAGCAAACAAUCAGCUUUCUUGGAAAUUUCUGGCUUUUCCAGAAAUUACUUUUCUCUUGCCACUAGGCUGCCUAGUUAAUGCAGUUUUAUGUCCUUGGAAGAUCUACCUUGACAUAAUGUUUAAAUAUUUGGUCAGCCCAGAAAAGAGAAAAUAGACUUGCUGUCUGUGACAUUCCUGAAGGGCUACUUGUCUUUUUUGGAACUGGAAAGAUAGGAUGAUCAGUCAUCAGCUUGAGAUUCAUCCUCUUGCUGGGACAGAUCUUAGACCCCUUUUCUUCAAAUUAAUAAUGAUUUUGUAGUCUCUAACAGCCUGGUUUCUGUGGGAAAACAAGAAGAAUUUAACAGAAUUUUCAGAAAGCUAAUCUAUGUUGGAAAAGAGAGAAAGCUGCUCACAGAGCACAUGUAAAUGCUGGAGCAAGUUGCAGCUCUGAGGGGUGGUGAGGGAUUUUCUAAGAUGGUAUUGAAUCACCACUGCUGGAGGAAGGAGUGUGUGAGGUGAGUGCAGCUCCUGCCUCUGUGUGUUGGGCUGUCACAUGGGAUCUCUGAAGUCCCUUGCAGGGACCACAGUCACAUUACUGAUCUUGUCAUUAUUUUCCAUUUGUUGUUCCAGGAAUUAGCACAGCCUUGCCAAGUGCUCUGGGUCUAAUCUCAGUAAUGCAGAUGUUUUAAUAGGUUAGAAGAAAGAUUUUAGCUGCAGGCCCUGCCCAUUAUCAGGCUGUGGUUAGAAGUGCUUGGGUGUCCAGCUGCAUUCCUUUCCUUUCAGCUGUCUCUGAAGUAGUUGUCAGCACAGGAUCAUCCAAAUGGUUCCCUCUUGGGGCCCAGUUUAAUAAUCUGGAAAGGUUUUGUGAAUGUACCCCUGAGACCUUGGGACAGUCACAAUGUAGGAAUGUUUCCUGGUUUUGGAAAUAUGUCUGUCUUGUACCUGCCACCACCUGCCAGAAGGCCCUGGAAGAGCAGCAGUGAAGUGGGGAUCACCUUUGGUCACUACAGAAGUACCAAGCUCCCAGCUUCAGGUGAUUACUGCUCUGUUCUCCUCCACUGCCUGCUGUGAAGAGUGGCUUUGACAUGCCUUUCCCUCUGCUGUGAGCUGUAUUCCUGGAAUUUUGGUGUGCCCUGGUAGGACUGAAGUGUGAUAAGGGUCUUUUGGGAAAGAAUAAAGGGAAAAAAGGAGUGGGGGUAGAGGGGCUACCUGGGAGGGAAGUGUUAGUAAAACUCAGGAUGAAGAUCCAUAUGGUGGAAUGGGUCUGAUCCAUUGGCCUGGAGGUACCUGGAGAACAUGUGCUUUCCUUGUCUAGGUGUAAUCAAGGCUUACUCAACCAGAGUCAUUUGUCUUGAGCCAAGAAGGAAACCACAUCUGUGAUGAAAACAAGCAGCAUAGUUCCUUAGAACUCUGUCCUUCCCACUAGGAUUCACCUGGCAUUGCAGACUCCAUUUGGCAGCUUCCUCUCAUGAAGCCAUUGGCUGUAGGAUCCUUCCUGAUGUUCAGCAAGUGGCCCGGCAACAACAUGUGUGAAAAAAUAAAGGACAUCAAAAAACAAAGGUACCAGCCCAGUGCUGUGCACUGCUGCACGGGUGUGGAGAGGUGCCUCUCCCCUGCUGGAAAUCACUGAAUGCCGUGCAAUGCCCAAGUCCUUGGAGGCAUCAGUGCUCCUUUGAUUCAAUACUUUUAAGAGGCUUUCUCUUGCUGCAUAAAUUGCUUUCUCAUGUCUUUGAAGUGACCUGUUUGAAUUAAACAUCACAGAGUGCUUUUUAUAUAGCUGUGCCAACAACACAGUGCAACUGGCAUAUCAAAAAUGAGAUAAAGUGGUCUGGGUAUCACCAGAGGCAGGGCAGGAUUUAGUUUCUUGUGCAGCUUGUGCUGUCAUUUGUAUUUGCUUACAGCAAGCUGCCUUCUGCAGUCCUGUAAUCGUUUUUACAUAACAUGUAAAGUCUGGAAAAGGAGGAAAGGUGAGCAAUGCCCAUGGGUGCAUGGAAAGUGUGAUUGCUGGAGUGACCUGCUCAUGCCUGCACACCGAGUCCUCUCUGGGUUUGUUGUGGGGCACCACCAACACCACGAGAGGGAGCGUGGAAGCCACGAGUGGCUUGGCCUGGGCUGGUCCGGCUCAGAGCAGGGCGGUGCUCCGGCCCCGGCAGCCAAACACAGGUCGAAAACAGAACAGAAAUGGAAAUAAAUUCAGGUUUCAGGGCUUCGGGACUCCAAAGAAUGUUUUGCACCUAGGGUUAAUUUGUUGCAGGUGUCUGGAAUUGCAGUUGUGCUUGGAGUUUUUAGUGCAUAAUCGAGGUUAUUUGGGAUUUCCUAUUCUGUUAUUGCAGGUAGGUAAAAAGAGCCACUUACUUUGGCUGCUGAAGCUAAAAUAAAAAUAUAAUCACAAGAUUUGUUUUAAUUCUGUGAUUCCUUGAGCAUGAGAUUAUGCACUAAUUUUGCCUUGGGUGGGACUGGGGCAAAAUACUGCUGCAUAAUGUCACCUUCUGAUAUCAAAAUGCUGCUCAGAGAAGUCUUAUCCUGCAGCUGGAAGGUUAUGGGUGAACCCCACCUAAACACAAAAUAAAAAAUGCAAUUAUUUCCAUUUUCCCAGCGAUUACUUACGAGUAAUGAGUGUCAGCACUCUGAUUUCAGAUUAUUUAGCUGAUGGUAAGAAAAAUGUGAUGAAAAUGUAAAUGUAUCAUUGUUUAUUAUAUUCAAUAAAUAGAACAGUUUUGAGACAGAAGUUUUUAGAAGGGCAGGACAUGACAAGUCGGGUCUAACUGUUGAGAUAUAUCCAAGAUGUAAUGAGGAGAAAAUGUAAAACAAUGAUCACUGUUAAAGGUUUAAAGGAAGGACCGUGUACCUGGACUGUCCCCUGCAGGUGUGUCUAAAUCAACUCUGGUUUUUCCAGCCUGCUCCAGUGUUUUUUCUGCCUCACAAUUUAAGGGUCUUUCCUAGGACCUAACUCAGAUAUUUCCUGCAGUUUCUGGCAAACUCUUCAUUUUCUCUUUAUCGUGGGAACACAGCUGAUCCAUUCUGGAGUGGCUCUGCAUCAAUCAGGUGAUUGUUGUUCUUCUCUUUCAAAGCUAAACAAACUCAAUUUUUCAGGGUUUUUUUUUUGGAAAAAAAAUUUUGGGGGGGUUAUUUUGUAAUAAGUUUUAAGCAACUGUGUAUAAGCUGGGACUGCAGCUGAGAGUGAAGCCAUUCCUCCUGGAAGGGCAGAAGGAAUGUGGUAGGUACCCUGUUCUGGAAAGAAAUGUCCCUUUUACAGUGCUGGUGCCAUGCCUUGGAUUCAUUAACCAGCUGGGACAUCCUGUUGUGGGCCUGGAGCAGUCCAGAAGGAUUUUGGCUGUGCCAGAGCCUGCUCUCAGUAAUGCUGCCAAGGGCUGCCUUGCUCCCUGGCCCUGCAGCUGGGGGAGUUAUGGCUGGGUGAGGAGGGAACGUGGAUGUUCUCCUUGCAGCUCCAGCUGAGGAAGAGGAGGUGAAAUGUGGGUGUAUGAAAGGUCACAGCUGACCAAAGUCCACCUGGGUGAGUCCUGUCUGGCAUUUCAAGUGUGCAUUUCUGUCUGCUCAGCAACGAGCUGGGUGUGGGUCCUUGCCUCUUGGACUGUGGUGUUUAAAAUCCCCUGGCAGAUCUCUAUUCAAUGACUUUAUCUAUACAUCUCAAUUUCCUUUCCUCUAAACCAAACUUGAAGAUAAACAUGACAGAGUCUAAGGGACAGCAGUGCACAGGGAUGCAGGGGUAGCAUGUUAUGUCCCUUCUCUGCCAGAGUUUGGUCUCUCACAGCCUGCUCCUCUCUCAGGAGGCAAUGGGGAGGUUUGGGGCAUUUCCUUGCCCAUCCCCAGCCCCAAACCAGCUCUGCACUGGCUGGCUCACUGCCCAGUGACAAUGGCUCACCCUUCCAGGAGGCUCUGCAGGGUGCAGCUGCAGUGCUCAGCUCUCUGCCCUCUCUCUGCCCUCGCUCCAACACCGACAGGGAACAAAGGAGAAACAUACAAACAUUUCUCCUUGGAAAAAGCGGCAGCAGGGUUUGGGAGGAAGGAAACUUCUUGUUUCUUGCUCUGCUCAGUCCAUCCCAGCAAGCUGCAGGGUAUUUGAGAGGCUGAAGAAGACCCUGAGCCAAUGCAUGCAGCCUAAUAUGGGGUCAGAUGCACUCGGUGGAAGAAAGUCCUUCCUGAGAGAACUGGUGCAAUGCAGGAUGGUGGUAGCAGGGCCCAGGGUAUUUAAAAUCAAGGGCUGAGCUGGCUGAGCCAGGAGCCCUGAAGCAGAACUCACUCCCCCGUGCUGCUGCUCAGGCCCCUCUGUUCUCUGGUGCUGCUGCUUGGGGUCCCCUCCCCACCUGCCACUAUGGCUGUGCUUGCCCUUCGCGUGUUCUGUGCUUUCCUGCACCAUUUUCACACUUUUCCCUGCCCCUGCAGAUAAGGAGGACAUACAUACCAGGCUGGACUUUGGCAUUGGCUCAGGCCAGGAGCCAGAAUUAUUCCUGGUGCUCCCCUUGUGUGCUGCUCCGGCUGGCCCCCAAGUCACCUCCAGAAGGAGAUAGGUGGGAGUAAAACAGGUUUCUCAUCUGCUCAGACAGCAACAAUCUCCAUGCCCCAAGCAAACCUUGCUUGUCCCACAUCUCUUCUUGCUGUCCUUCAGCAUCCUAUCCCAAAAAGCUCUUGUUAAUGUAGUUUGAUCCUGUUUGCUGCUGCUGGCUCCAUGCUGUGUCCAUGGAUAGCUUUAUAGGGUGGCCAGAGGUCCUGUCUGACCCAAAACAGCCUUAUUUCUUCAUAGCAAGGUAGUGAAAUAAACCCUUUUCUUCUGCCUACAGCCCAAGUGGCCAGUGCCCCGCUUCCAGCAGCAUCUGUGGAGUCCAGGGUCAGUGCCCUGGCAUGCCAGGAAAGCCUGUAGCAGGGAGACAUGGCUUCUUCUGGGCUUGGGGGCUCCCCUAUUGCACCCCCAUACAUCCCUCCUGCCAGCCCAGUGUCCCUGCCAUGCUCCCAGUGCAGAGCUGUGCCUGCGAUGUGAGAGCCACUCACAGGGGAGCUGCUCCUCUCCUUGGUGCCUGUCAAUAUUUGACAGCACAAACAUUUGAAGCUGCAGAGGGAGAGUGCACUCAGCCCCCCCAGAUGGUUUGUACGUGAUGCUGCCCUUCUCCUGUGACACAAAGACCUCAGACCCCAGGGCCACAGGCAGAGCUGCAAAUUUGGUCCUUGACGUGGGGCUGGCACAGGGGGCACAGCCAUCCCCUCCUGGAGCACAGUGGACUCAGCUGAUUUGUGGAGCAGCUUCAUGGGGAAAAGCAGGUUGGCUUUGAUUUUCAGGCUCCUUUUUGUCUUGGUUAGCAGAAGAUUUAUAUAUUUUUCUGUGGAUAAAAAGCUCUACGGUCUUUCUCUCUGCACCAGAGAUGACAAGGUAUUAUGUUGCCCUGAUGGUCUCUGUCUUGAUAUCAUCAAGAAUGUUUGGGAAGUGUAAGAGAGGCCAUGGCAAAUGGUCUGGAGUGACUUCCAGUGGAAGUUUCAGUAAAAACAGGCAAGGGAGCACCAAGCAAAAUCUCUGCAGCACUGAAGGUGUUUUUUUGUUUGCUGAGCCAUGUUUCUAUCACUCUGGGCCCCACAGGAUGGUGUGUGUUUGUGACUUUUUCCAGCAGCAAUAAUGAUCCCCUCUUGCAGUCCAGUGCCUGCCUUCGGCACUGCUCAGUGCAUCUAUUUCUGAAAGUGGGGGCUCCUGCCCAAAGGCUGCUUUCACCCAAAAGCUCAGUGAGGUGCUCUCUGAUGGGUGAAAGAACCAGAGGGGUCAGAGGGCUCCUCAUGGCCCUGCAGCACCUGGGGCAGAGAAGCAGCACAAGCAUCCCCAGGCACCCAGCACAGAGCAGCCUCAGGAUGGGGGCUGGCUCUGGCAAUCUGAGGAUGAGCUGAUGAGUGGGGACAGGGGCUUUUCAGAUUUGAACUGGGAACCAGGUUGUCUCAAAGGCUUGUGAGACUUCGUUAAGCUACUCAACCACAGUGUGAGCUGGGAGUUAGGAGCAGGCUCUCCUCUGCCUCUCCAGGAAGGAUUCACAACCGGUUUUGAGUCCAGUUGGAAACAUUUUCCAGUCUCUGGUGAAGUACAUCAGCCCAUCCACACAUCACUCAGUGGACAGGACGUGAUCUGCCCACCCCAUGGAGCCAGCACAGCUGCCAGCCAGCUGCCCUGCCAGUGCCCCUUGACCAGAGCAGAGCAAGGGUGACUCUCACUGCUGGUGACUUUGUAGGAGAGAUGCUCAGCUCUUCUCCCCUGACCCGUGGUAGCAAGUGUGGGUUUGCUUUGCCCUCGCAUUGCUCACCACCAGCUGCAAGAGCUGAGCAUUUAUCUCAGCCCCAUUACUGCCAAUCUCCCCCUAUUAAUACACCCAUAAUUCACAGGCAGAAAACAUCUUUUAUUGCAGUGGUGACAUUUAAACCAAGGGAGGUAUUGGUUUUUUGGGGUUUUUUUGUUUGGUUUUUUUAAAUUAGUUUUUAGGCAGUCAGCUCAUGUGCUCCAGCCUCUGUUCCACAUCUGUGAGUGCAGCCUUCUCCAUCCAGCUGAGAGGGAAUUAUAUGUGCAAGAGGAGUCAGGGCUCCCUUCCCAGCUCCUGGCUCACACUGCUAGCACUGCUGUGCCUGCUGCACACCCAGCCGCGUGCCCGAGGAUGCUGCACCUGAAAGUCCAGUUCCUGGAUGAUUCCCAGAAGAUCUUUGUAGUUGAUCAAAAAUCCUGUGGAAAAGGGCUCUUCAACCUCACCUGCAGCCACCUCAACCUCGUGGAGAAGGAAUACUUUGGGCUGGAGUUUCACAGCCAGGCUGGGAACCAGGUCUGGUUGGAACCACUAAAACCCAUAACAAAGCAAGUGAAAAUGGACCCCAGCCACCUGAGAGAAGAACUGACCAGGUACCUCUUCACCCUGCAGAUCAAGAAGGACCUGGCACAGGGGCGGCUGCCCUGCAGCGACAAGAGCGCGGCGCUGCUCGUCUCCCACCUGCUGCAGUCCGAGCUGGGCGACUUCCACGAGGAGACAGACCAGCAGCACCUGGCCACACACAGGUACCUGCCCAACCAGGAGUACCUGGACAACAAGAUCAUGCACUACCACCGGAGACACAGAGGGAAGACGCCAGCCGAGUCGGACGCUCAGCUGCUGGACGUGGCCAGGAAGCUGGAGAUGUACGGGAUCCGCCCGCACCCCGCCAGCGACGGCGAGGGGACACAGAUCAACCUGGCCGUGACACACAUGGGGGUGCUGGUGCUGCGGGGCAAUACAAAGAUCAACACCUUCAACUGGUCCAAAAUUCGCAAACUGAGUUUCAAGAGGAAGCAUUUUCUCAUCAAGCUCCAUGCAAACAUCUCUGCACUGUGCAAGGACACGCUGGAGUUCACUAUGGUCAGCCGGGACACCUGCAAGGCCUUCUGGAAGACGUGUGUGGAGUACCACGCCUUCUUCAGGCUCUCUGAAGAGCCCAAGUCAAAGCCCAAAGCCCUUCUGUGCAGCAAAGGUUCCAGCUUCCGCUACAGUGGCAGGACUCAGCGGCAGCUGCUGGAGCACGGGAGGAAGGCUAAAAUGAAGAGCCUGCCCUUCGAGAGGAAGCACUACACGUCCCGCUAUGAUGAGAGGCAGUGCCGCUCCUCCCCGGACCUCCUGACGGAUGUGUCAAAGCAGGUGGAGGAGCUGCGCCUGGCCUACGGCAGCCGGGGCUCCUACCACGCCAACGGAGUGCACGGCUCUGAGCCCACCCUGGACAGCCGGCGCCGCAGCUCCACCAUGGAGGUGACAUUUGCUGCUGAGCUGGAGCGCUCCAAGCCCGAAGCAUCCCCCACCUUCCUGCCCCACUCCAAAAGCUCGUCUGCCUUCCCCCUGCUCUACGCCGAGCUGGAGAUGGAGCGGGCGUGGGAGCCCAUCGACCUCUUCGGAGCCAGGAAUCCCUUGACAUCCUUUCGGCCCCACCACCAGUUCGCUGGGAACAGUAAAAGCACCUCUGUGGGCAACAUGCGGGAAGUGAGCACCCGGCAGCUGGUGUACACGGAUGUGCCCUGUCCCCCGCCCAUGGUGGCCCCAGCCCCCGCUGUGCUCUUCUAUCUGGACAGGGCGCUGCAGCCCUCACGCCCUGCCCUGGCCCCUGGCGAGGACACAGCAGGACCGGCCGGUGCAAGCGGCCCCGUGGCAGCAAAACCCCCCUGGCAGAGCCCGAGCGGGGCCCAGGCUGGGCAGCUCCACGGUGAGGCUGCAGGCACAGCCGUGGGCACGAGCAUGGCAGGGGAGAGCAGGUCACUGGCUCGCUCCUUCGAUUCCGGCCUUCAGGAGCAGCCUCCCAAGCGGUCUUGGAGCCAGUCGGACAUGAAAACCAUCCGCUUCCCCUACGGCUCCGAGUUCAGGCCGCUGGGGCCGUGCCCUGCUCUCAGCAGUCGGAAAGGGGGUGUUUUUUGGCACGUCCCAGCCCAGCAAGGGCUGGCUCUGGGGCUGCGGCGCUCCACCGAGCGCUACCUGGGCAGCAGCACCGAGUCCAGCGACUCCGACUCGGACCUGCUGGCCGCCGAGCACUGCUCCCUGUACGGCCGCGUGCUGCGCGCGCCCACGGCCCGCGUGCGGCUCUCCUCGGGCAGCCUCCAGCUGGAUGAGGAAGAUGAGGAGGUGUCCUUUGCCACCGGUGCUGCUGAAGAGAGGAUUUCCAGAGGGGCCUCCAAGUAUUUCACCUAGGUGCCUGACACGGGCCAGAGGGAGCAGAGGUGGCCGGUGCUGACCCAGGGUCAAAGAAUGGUGACACUCUUCGUUUGCAGGUCUGCUUACAGCUUAUGAAACAUUGAUGGGAUCGUGUUGUGCGAGUGCUCUUAGCUAUAGAGGAUGUGUUAAUGGACAUCAGGGGUGUGUUCAGAAGUAUUCAAGCCUUGUACCGCACUUGGAAGCUGGUUUGCCUCUGCCACCACACUUUGAAGGGGGAUUCUUGCUUCAGCCAGGGAUCUCCUAAAGCCCUGCUAAGCCCCUGUGUCCUGCCCAAGCUGAUGCUUGGAGCUCAGCUGCUGGAGUCUUCAUUGAGGGGGAGGGAGAAAAAGAGACUUCUCAAAUAAUAGUUUCAGCUGCUGCUUUUCCCAGCUGCAGGGAGGCACGCUGGAGGGCAGGGUGUUUCAGGCCCUUUUGGAAAGGAGAAAGAUCUUCGUGGGAGGCUGCUUCUCGAGCUGAUGCCAUGUGGACAGGACAAAACCCCAGCAUAGAGCCCGUCUCCUCACUUGCCUCACCUCCCUCCAGUGCUGCAGGGAGUACCUGGCUGUUGAAGACAAAGCUCUGUGUGUGGCUGUCUUCUCCUUGGCCAGUUUAGAGGAUUAUCCUUCUCCAGAAAUAUCUCAGGAGUGUUUUUCAAGCUUUAGAAGCCCCCCAUGGUGAGCACUGGGAAGAGGGUUCACACUCUCUAACUGUGCUCUGCUUAGGCACAUCAGCCAUCACCUCCUGGCAGCACCAUGACAGCCCCAGUACCUCAGUGCCCUGCUUAAAUCUGAGGGAGAGAGACAGGUAAGGGGGUUCUUUGGGGUCCUUUGCUUCCCCAAAUCUGUCCUCAGUUAAGCAGCAAGGGAAAAAAGAUAUCAGGAGCAGGUAGGAAUGGAACAAGCAGCUUCUUGGAAGUACUUUUAUUUUAAAAACUUACUGUUACCCUAAACCUACAUGAAAUCUACUUGGAAAUCUUGAGAAUGAUGACACCUGCGUAAGAUUUGGGGGGGGGGGGGGGGAAUCUUAAUAAUUAAAGAACAACCCUUUAAGUCUUUGUAGGACAUCACUGUAAAGCAGGGAGACAGCCCAGAAAAUCCACAGUGGAGAAACCACUGCAGCCUGCCAGAAGGAUUUCAGAAAGACAGAAGUUGGGACAAAAAAAAUAGAUUAAAAUGUAGAAAGAACCAGGAGUAUGGGUCCUGCUCACUCUGCAUGUUGCUGUCCUUUGUUUUAGAAGGUGGACAAUAAAAAACAGUUGUUCACACUGGACUUUUG